AAGAUGGAUAUUUACUCCCACUUCGCGCUUGAUGCAGUUCACAUUUUAGGUUUGAGCAAUGUAGUUCCAGAAAUAGACGAUUGGAUAAGGAAUGUAGCAUGUCAUGCCGGUGUGACUAGAUUCUUAAAUUACCCACUCCGUGACAGGGAUAGGAGUCUUGAAUCUGAACUCAACGAUGGAGACGAGGCAAGGAUAGGAGGAGGAGGUGAGGGAAGGAUAGAAGAAGGAGAAUCAAAAAAACUGGAUUUCCAAAUUCCUGAUCUUACAGGGAUUGGGAUUAAUAUCAGUCAAACGUUUGAUGAUCUUCUUUCGCCUGCUGGGAUAGUUAAUCAGUUUGUAUUAUCAAUCUUCUUUCAAAUUGUAUCAAUUGUGGGGUAUGCAAUUGCAGGUGGUAUCUAUUUGAAGAUUGCUGCUUCAGUAACAAGUGGUCCUCUUCUUCCUGCCAUCACAUACUUUAGCAGACAUUUCUCGGCUCAGGCUGUGUUUGACACAGUGGUGCGGAGUUUAAUCUUGAUGAUCUGGGAGUUGAUAAUGAGACUUGUUACUGUCUUUGCUAUAUUCGGGAUAGUAGAUACGGUGACCCAGGUUCUGGAUAAUGUUACCCUAGAUACAAUGUAUCUAUUCAUAACAAGUCCCAUACUUUCUGAUAUUAUGAUAUGGAGAAUUAUUGUUGCAUGUGGCGCUCUCAUUCCCGGCUUCUAUUUUCUUCCAGCUUUAGGCCCAGCAGGACCAGCAGCGGUGGGGUCAGCUGUAGGCAAAGCACUGGACACGGCUGUACAAGUUCGGCAUGGCCUUCUCUAGUGAAACCAACAGCACUGGUCUGGCACGGACUGCUUUAGUAAGAUCUGCUAUGUUCAAGCAGCUGGCAUGGUCUGGUCAUUAAUAUUGGAUAGUGAGUUUUUCUGUACUUAAAAGGCCAUUUACGCCCAUUUCUGAACCAAAAUGAUACACAAAAUCUAAAUUUUCAUGUAUAAAGUCAAUUUCUAAUUUGACCUUCUCUAUUUAAUGUAUUAUUGAUUUUAUGUACUUUUAAUGUACGUUUAAAGUAUUUAAUCAUUUUUUAUAAAUUAGUUAAAUUUUACCUCAUUCAUUCAAAUGCAGACAUGUUAUGUAUUAAACAAAAA